AAAAAAGUGCGUUUAUUUCUGUUACACCCGUUAUAUCUACUCAAAAUGCAAAUAGUUGGAGUUAUUAUGAUAUAAAAACAAAUAGAUCGGAAGAAGAUGGCUCAUCUGAUUAUUUACCAAAUAUUGCUGAGCCUGGCACGAUUGUUGGUCAUACAUGUUCGAAAUCAUAUUUUUCCUCCUAUUUAGCAGAAAAUAUUCCAGUUUUUAUUUCAUUAGGUGAUUUACAAUAUUCAGUUUACAAUUGUUUAGUUGAAAAUGAUACGAAUAAUUGUGUUUGUAAUAUAUCAACGUCGGCACAACUUUGCGUCACCAGUGAAAGACAACAUGAAAUGAACAAGAAUUUUAAAGAAGAUCAAUUAUUAUCAUCUUAUAUUCGAGUUCCCUAUUUUGAUAAUAAUGAUUUAUUUAGUUACAGCAUCACUCAAUGGUGGAAAUGUGUUAACAUCAUUUAUUCAAAUGAUUUAUAUGUGGUUAAAUGA